AUGGAUUAUAGCACAUAUCCCACACCUCAACCCAUCCUUCACACCCAAUCCACCACCCACCAUUACAAAAGUACUACCCCACCUCUCUUUUCUCUCUCCUCUCUCUCUCUCUCUCUCUCUCUCUCUCAAAGAAAAAAAAGUAUUGCAAGAAAGAAAGUUCUCUUUUUCUUUCAUCUUUUCCACCCUCCAAAACUGGCUGUAGAUGAUGAUCAAAAACUCACCAUAAGAGAAAUCAACCCCAAAAGCAGAAGAAUCAUGGGAGGAGGUUUAGAUGAUGAUGAUGGUGUAGAAAAUAACAAGUGGCCACUAUGGCUUCGGCCACUUCUCAAAACUACCUUCUUUGUUCAAUGCAAAGUUCACGCUGAUUCUCACAAGAGUGAAUGCAAUAUGUAUUGCUUGGACUGCAUGAAUGGUGCCCUUUGUUCUCUUUGUCUGGGCUCUCAUAGAGACCAUCGCGCUAUUCAGAUAAGGAGGUCAUCAUAUCAUGAUGUGAUAAGGGUGUCUGAGAUUCAGAAAUAUUUGGACAUUACAGGCGUGCAGACAUACAUAAUUAAUAGUGCCAGAAUUGUGUUCUUGAAUGAAAGGCCUCAGCCUAGGCCUGGCAAAGGUGUCACCAAUACCUGCCAAGUCUGUGAGCGAAGCCUCCUCGAUUCCUUCAGUUUCUGCUCACUUGGUUGCAAGAUUGUAGGGACAUCAAAGAAUUUCCGUAAAAGGAAAAUGUGCACGGACACAGAUGGAUCAGACACUGAAGGAUCAUUGAAUGGCAUUAGCAAUGGAUAUCUUAAAAGCAGAAUUCAAAGUUUUUCACCAUCAACACCACCUCCAACGGUGAAUUACAGAACUGCCAAGAGGAGGAAGGGAGUUCCACAUAGAUCUCCAAUGGGAGGCCUUAUUAUAGAAUACUAAGAAAGACAAAUAGGGCUUUUUAAAUUAGUUACCAAUAUACCUCUCUCAAAACACCACAAAUGUGUCACUACUACCUCUUAAAGUGGUAGUCUUAGCAAUGUCUUUUUUAUGUUAAUUACAAAGUUACUGUAACAUCUGAGCCUUAUACAUGGGAGGCCGGUGUUGAAAAAACAAAUCUCUAUGCUGUAUAGGCAACAAUAAUGUUAAAAAAAAAUAAUGGGUUUAAAAAAAAAAAAAAAAAGACAAUAUAAGGUGAUGAAUGACAUGGGAAAUAUAGAUAGUAAGGAAUAGUUUCAUGAUCUACAGGUGUUUUGAUAUUAAAUGUAUAUACAAGUUUGUAGAUAGAGUUUGUAAUGUGAAAAAUCAAUGAAUAAAAUGCCGUAGGGGUUUUGAUAUUAA